GUUGCCUCAUUUACGCACCUCAUUUUCGGCUAAGUGCAAUGUAAUCAUUUAAUUUUCCAUAAUAAUAACUUUAUCAACAAAUCUGUCCAUUUACUCACGCUCAAUUUCCUCAAUCCUAACCACCGGGUUGUUGGCCGGAACGGAACGGAUCUGUCUAAAAUUUAUGCUAAUUUUUAAACCAAUUCUUCACUUUGGUAGCAUCUUGGUUUUGCGUACCAAACUGCUUUACUUCAUUUUUGCUACACCCACCAGUGCGGAUAAUAAAGUUUGCCGGAAACAAAAAUUGCCUUAAAUUUCAAUUACUAUGCAAACAGCGCGAUUAAAUUACGCCCACUUCAUUAUCGUUGCGCGUGAAUUGGCGAGGAGUUGGCCGUAGCUUGCCACGCAGGGAACAAAAAUCAUGGGAAAAUGGAUGAAGUACACCGCGGCCCCCGAGGGGAGAGGGUGAUGGAGGAUGGGUGGAUGAAGUGCUGCUGGCCAUGGGCAGUAUCUUCGCCCGGUUUAUUAUUUCGUUCUGAUCGUGUGGCUUUAAGCUGGUCGAAAACAAAAUUAUUCGUUCCGGAUCGUUGAAGCUGUUUUCAAUUAUCCACACCAGGCUUGCUUAUGCUUCACAAGUGACCAGCGUCAAAAUGACCAGCAGACGUACCCCUGGUACGGUGGUCUGACCUGUCGAUAGUGGCUUUGCAUCGUUGCGUAAUCCUUCGGAUGUAAUCCACCACGGACUGAUGGUACCGCAUCCAUUAUCCAUUAUGCGCCGUUCGUGUAAGUUUAAUAAAUCAUGCCAAAAGUGCGUCCAAAUGUGAUGGAAAACCAGGGAACCGGAUGCAUCGAGUAGAGGGACGCAAAGAAAAUGUUCCACACAACACCAACAACCGCGCCUUGCCGUAUGAUAAUAACAAUAAUAAGAUAAUCUUCUUAAGCACAAUAUGGCAGCGGCAAAUCGGCGACAGCAGGAAGCGGAUGGGCAAAAACGGAAAAGGGUAGGAUGUAAAGAAUCCUCCUAACCACCAGGGAAGGAAGGAAAGCGGAAGCAGAAGCAACCGUUUCGAUCCUGGCAAAAACGAACAAAAGAACAAUCUUCCGCAAGCAAAUAUGCAAGCGUAGAGUUUGCGGAAAAUGCGCUUAUAAUAACGCUUCCUGGGACGGUUCCCUCGAAUAAUGCCAUUGCUGUGGCACGAUUUUGCCACCGUUAGUGCUCUUAGCAAUGCUGGAAUUGGGAAGUACUUCCCGACCGAAGACAUAGGUGCGUUAUUCUGUCGGGGUGGUUUUUUUUUUGCUCCCCAAGCGUACCUUUGAGCAGGUUGCAGAACGCAUGCUACACAAACGAAGCAUAGAAAUUGGACGGAUCGAACGGAUGGAUGGUAAUCGUGUACGGGGGUUGAUUGAGACAGAAUUUUACAUAAUAUCCUUCCCGUUGGGAUGGCAUAUGAAUUGACGCGCAUCUGGGAGCAUCACGUUUGUUCGCUACUGUAAUGCAAUUGAUCGAUUUUUUUUUUUACUUUGGAUUUCUUUAUAAAAGUCGCUUGCAAGAUGUGAUGCUCUCGGUGUGUAAAAGGCGUAAAAUCUUAUUAUUAAGUUUUAUGUUGGCUUAUAAGGCAUAAAAUAGUUUUGUGCAAGGCUACUCUUUAUAGCUUCUCUUUACUUUAUUCCGUGAGAUCAGAAUUUCCUUGAUAAAUUCUGAUAUCAAAGCUACUACGUCAAAAGCUCGUAGUAUACAAUUUUAAGGUGAUCCCACCAUAUGCUUCUCAUCAUUAUUAUUUGGUCUAUCAUGUAACUAUGCAACCAUCAAAACUAUGUAGCUUUCUCUGACGCUAUCUACACUCUCAAAUUCCUCUAAUUUCUAAUGCGAUCUACACCAAAACGCUACGAAAUAAGUAAGGCAAACAUUCACUACCAAAUGGUUGACUAUCACCAGGGUAACUUCCUAGGUAUAUUCCCAAGAGUAUCGAAACGAAUGCAUCACCCACGGACAUCACUGUACUAGGUUCCAAAUUUGGCAAUCUUCAAUAGACAAUUUUGUCAAACUCUGUACAGUUUCUAAAAAGUAAAUGUUUCCUUCCUUGUUCAAAUCUGUACGUUCACUUCCGGAAAAAAUGAAACAUUCUUCAUACAUUUUUUUCACACUAGAGCGGAUUACACACGCAAUGUUUUUCAUCGCUGUUUUCCCAAAAAUUCACAACUGGCUAUUUUGUAAAGGUUAGUGCUUCUUCGACGCAUUUACCUCGACGCUGCACCUUUCUGAGCAAUCUUCAAAAGUGAUGGAUUUUUGAUUGCGUUAUCGAGGGAAAGACUCUUUUUUUUUUGUCGCUGACGCGGGAGUUAUCCAACAUACAAGCAUUACCAAUAGGUGAUGGAAAAGGUUUGCCGGUAAAAUGCGUGGAAAAUUGAAAGGAUCUCGUUUUUAUUUUUGGAAAGAGGGGGAAAUCCUCGAUCCGACGGGGAAGUGUAGCAUUUUUGGCGAAUCUUUACAUGGGAAAAUCCCACACGAUUGGGGGGGAAACUUGGUAUCGACAUUUACUUGGCACUCUAUUAAAUCUAGUGAAGGUAAUUUCGUUUACUUACUGGUAGGGAACGGUAAAGUUAUUGAUUGAAAAUAAUUUAAAAAUAAUCAUUGCUUUGUCUAAUAGAUAUAGUUAUCUGUAGUAACGAUUUCUUUCGGUGUGCCAUAAAAAAUAUAGAUUAUUUGCCUCACCAAAAUACUAUCGCCCUUUUCGCACCGUUUCCAUCCGUUGAUCAAUACGGAUUGGCACAGUUCUGAGCGUAAAUGCAAUACACACGUUACGUUCUUUGUCUUAUUUUGUCACUCAAACUGCAUUCUUAUGACACGGCUUAGCAUUAGCCUAAUGCUUACGCCAAGGACGAACGGUCUCUAUCAUUGAACUGCGACGAACCAAACCAAUCGAAAAGUCUUGCUGCACUGCACUGCAUCGUAACUGCAGCCAAAAGAAAAACCACUGUCCAUCCUUAAUCACCUCACGAGUAGAGUUGUGCAACGAAAGCACUUCCCUAUUUUUUUGUCUUCCUGCACUUCUACAUCACACUAGGCCAAAGCCAAAUCAAGCCGAUUGUGGCAUAUUUACCGUCCAAGCCGUUUGCUGUCGAGACGCGAAGCCACAAAUCCGCGUGAUAUAUCGUCACCUUAAGGUGGACCGCUGAUUUCAGUGAUAAAUCGAUACUUUCAGCAGUCGUGGGCUCGAUACGUGAUGCAAAAAAAAUCGUCACAUUUCCAUGAUUUGUCCACCUGUACAAUAUGACGAACGCGCUAGUUCUGUCACAUUGCGCUUGAAGCUUUUAAUCCGCUUUCCACACCACCUGUGGGUCCCCGGUGGUUCAGAAGUGCUGAUUUUACAAUCUCGUCCCCAAAAAUCGAACAAACGGACUAUCCGCUCAGGUGCAAUCGGAAUGUGCUGCAGGAUUUACAACAUCGCGUCACGUCGUCUGAUGAUAUUUGGAUCAUAAAUCAACGAUUUUGCACUUCAGUUGCUAUAUGCUUGUUUGAUUUUGUAUCGCUUUUUUCGUUUUUUUUUUGUGUUCGGAAUCGCGUGAUCUUUCUGCCAGACUAAUUUUAUUGAUGGCUGAGUGUCAAUGGCUUUUUUCAGAUUUUUUUUGUUUGCUAUGGGCUAAAACGAUAGAUUGCAGAUUACGAUAAAACCAGCAAAUAUGAAAGGAUUGAUAGCGAGCGUUCGUUUUUUUUUAACUGGAAACGAAAUGAUCAGUGCAAGCUUCGGAUAAAAUCUAACGUUGAUAUUCACGUUUUUGGUUGAUUAAUUUACGAUUUAUGACACCACUUCUUUCCACGAUUGAUUCUCGUAAUUGAUUACUGGUAAAUAUGUUGUAAAUUUUUUACCUAUUGAUUCCAUUUUUUAAGCUCCGAUUUAUUAACAGCAAAUAUAAAUGGCUAAAUUGUUAGUAUAUUACAAUUUGAGAUGAAGUUUCAUUACAACAUCUGACAAUACUUACUUAACAGGCGCUACAUUCGCACAAUGGUCUUUUCCUACUGCAAGAGUCCUCUAAUCCACUCACGGUCGAGCGCCUUCAGCUGCCAAUCCAUUAUCCCAGCUUUUCUGGAGAACGCAUCAACCCUCCAUCGCAGAUUGAGAAUACCACGGCAUGUGGUCCAAGUACACCGAAAACCUCAGAAUGAUGCGUAUCUGCCUUCGGCACAAAGAACUAACCAUUUACGUAGUGAAAGUAGAUCUUCCAAGCUAUAUGUCCCCAGUGUGGUCAACUUUGCCCAAACAACGUUAAGGCAAUAACAAGAACGGUCUAUUAAACUACAACGCAGAUCAGUUAUAAUACCUCUAGAGUCUGUAUAAACUCCAUACGUAUCACUCAAUAAAUCCGACGGGGCGAACUUUAGCUCUUCCCACAUUAAUAAGCAUUUAAUUUAUAUGAAAAUUCCAAUACUACAAGUUUUGUUGAAAAAUAUUUCAUACGUUCCAUCUUAAACUAUUCUUCAAACUUUAAUUCUAAAAAUGUUAUGAUAUUCUCGUAUUUUAUCUUAAAAAAUGUGCUGUAACUAUUUCUUCUAUACAUUGCGUUAUGAUAAAAUUCUUAGAAAACUAUGCAAUUAUCAAACAACCCCACACAAGAAGGAACAAGUUUUUAAUACAUAAGGAUUUAAAAAACAUUAAACGACAACGUAAACAGUUGUCCCAGCGCGUGGUCCAACACAUGGUCACAUCACCAUGAAAUAUCACAUAACUAGAGUAACGCAAUCGGUUUACCGAAAAACUUCACUUCGCAGUUCGACGCUAGACAAGAACAUUUUUCGACCCUUUAUUUUGUAAAAGUAUUACAACCCCGCAUAAAACCCUUCGGCGUUAGGGCUUUGGAUGAGUACAGUAGGUACAACCCCGAAAGCGAAGAACAACAACAAAAAAACAUAUCAAAAACCUCACCAUUUUUGCUACCUUCUGCGAACCGCCUCCUCCCCCCACGUGCAGCGUGCCAACGGACGAGUCUGCAUACCGGUUCUGGGAAAUAUCUCUAAAAGCAUUCCCAUUCUGGCGACGGUCCCAAUCCGAUGGAAUCGGGUUCGGAUCGGAAGACCAAGGAAGAGCGAUCCAAUGGAGCAAUUCCACCGUGGCGUACAGCGUACGAUUCGAGUUUCUUUCGCGGCACACAUGGGUUUGGCACAGAAAGCCGGCCCGUUUCGGCAACAAAAAGGGUGGCCGUGUUUUUACCAUAACCGAGCUCCUCGAGUAUGUAUGUAUGUACUGCGGUUAAUCCGGACUAACCGCACCCAAGCCUUUGCCGCGCCGUUUGCCACGAAAGCGCAUUGCAUUAGUCCGUACAGUGCAAUGAUUUCCGCCAUAAAGUCCUUCGGUAGACGUACGUUGGCCUCCGGUUCAUCUUGUUGGCUUCUCCUGUGCUAUGUACAGUGACCCACCCGUUUACCAUCUAGAUAGGUGGCUAGAUUGAACCGAAAUUACUUUUCCUGGACAAACUUCGCCACUUCGCCCACGGCAAUAGGGGAGAAGUGAUAUGAAUAAAUAAACAUCCGUACCGAGCGGUACGGGUGUGUGAGCAGUUAUCUUCUCUAGCUGGGCGUGACCAAGAUGGCAGUCCGCAGUGUUACUACUAAUGUUGCGAACAUCCUUGAGUCAGGAUGUGGACGCGUUACGAGUUUAUCUGCAGAAGAGAAAAAGAGACCCGCUCCCGAAUGUUUGAUGGUAGAAUCACUUGUUGCGCGUGGCAUGCGCCAUACCGAUAGGUCGAGCCGGGUUUGCCUGUUUGAGGUAUAUUCCUACGGCUUUUGCAUUACCAAUGACGUAGGCGUUGACGAGUAUGCGCAGAACCAUCUGCCAAAGGGGUUAUCUGCUAUUGGUUAUGUGCCUGGCAAGGAAUAUCCUUGCCGAACUCCGUGUACCAUGGCGCGAAGGAACGGUUUAGUUGCUGCUAAGCCGUGUAGUGCAAAGGACGCAACUAAACUAGUGCUGCCACGGAUGUAGUGAUUGCCGUCGAUUGGUGACCGUUACAAUAUCUACAAGAUUUAUAUGUAAGAAUCGACUAGCAAGGCGCUCCAUAACUGGGGAAAAAAUUAGUUUGUGUAAGUGUGGCAAUAAAAUUUCGUAAAUGUGAUGAAGUGAAACGAUACACGGGAAACAAUGAACAGCUUGGGUGUCUCUAGUGAAAGCCAAGGAAUGCUACUACCUGCAUACAGUACCACACUCGACUAUCUCCAGAAGCAACCACAACAGCAGGACCCACAGUCAGAGCUUAACGCCGUCAGCUCACCACCCGUGAGCUACUUCCAGCAGUUCUUUUAUUCUGCCGACGGUGAUCCAGCACCGUCGCGUGCUCUCCGUCCGAAAGAGUUCCCAAGCCCGCUGGACCUUUCACUGCGUCCGACGAAUGUGCCCAUGACACCGCCUUCAACACCGUCUCCGCCAAGAAAACGUUUGAAGUCGUUCGACGAAUCGACGGCCGUCAUUCCUACCGCUGUGACCCGAACAACGGAAAGUUGGCGGAGUGCCAAGAACCAGUUCUCGGACACGGUGUGUAUCGACGAUAAACGCUACUAUGCCAACACGACGCUGAGUGAAUGCGAGAAUCGGGCAGAAGUGUUUCAGUACUUCGAUGACAGUGCGCGUUCGGUUCCGUUCAAGUAUCCUUCCGUCGAUGGUGUGAGACCGGUCGAUGGGGAGACCUUAUGUGUGAAGGAUAGUGUGGAUCGAUCACGUGGCAAAGUGGACGAGUUUAUUGAUAUUACUGGUGGUGCCGAACACCACGCUCGCGAAGAUCGUGAGGACGAUCACGACGAACGAUCGAGCCGGGAUAAGUCGGAUUGUUCCAAUAUUGAUGUGGAAUCACUAGAUAAUGAGGAAGAUGAUGAUAGUAAAGAAUCGAUCAACAUUGUUGACAGUGAGGAAAAGGAAAACGAUAGUGCAGCAGUGCUGAACGAGGGUCAACGCUACUAUGCGGAGGAGCGGCUCCAUCUGCAGGCCAUUGAAGGCUUCGCACGGCUGUUCGAGCGUAGUUUCCCUUCGACCAGCACAAAGAAAACGCAUUCCGCAGCUACUGGGUCGAGUGGCCGCGGUACAUCCUCCAAGAGCGAGCGACGUCGUACGAAGGCACGUCGUCAAGGUGCGGUAGAUGAGGACAACACAAGCCCCGUCUCCGGUACGAUCAUCCGGAAGCUGCAGGAUGGUGAAGAGCUUGUCGUGCGGAAAGGUGACAUCGAUCCCGCGUUCAACGUAGUCGAAAUUACGGACGAAGCGAAGGAGAUCCUUUCGAAGAUUGAUAACAAGAUCGGAUCCUACCUGUGCCAGCUGUGCCGUGCGCUGUAUGACGAUGCGUUCGGUUUGGCACAGCAUCGCUGCUCGCGUAUCGUGCACAUCGAGUAUCGGUGCUCCGAGUGUGACAAAGUGUUCAACUGUCCAGCUAAUCUGGCCUCACACAAGCGCUGGCACAAACCGCGCGGAAUGUCCUCUGAUGGUAGAAAAGGUGGUCCGAAAGCUGCUGCCACGCGGCAGGAAGAGCGCAGCUCCGAGGACGAACCGAUUGAAAUUUUGGACAAUUCAAACGAUAAUCAUCAACAGCAGCCGGUUUUGCCAACUGCAUCUACCGCCGAAGAAGAAUCUUAUCCUUGUGGACAAUGCGGGAAAACGUUUCAUAAUUUUCUAUUCCACCUUCUUUUUUGUUGCAAUUGCAGACAAAGUUACCUAAAGAAGCACGCCAUUUCACACCAAAUGGAACCAACUCUCCUACGUAACAUGGACCUGCGACCUACUCCAUUCAACAGUGACUCCUUCAGUACACCCACUUCCAGCGGUUCGACGGCUGUUACUAGUCUCGGAGCUACAUUUCCCACCGGCCAUCAUUUGCUGUCCAAUGGUGGACCGUCCGGUGGAUGCUUUGCGGCAGCAUUCGACAAACUGACGCGCCCAUUAGCGGCACCAACUUCCGCUUCGGCUCUGUUUCCGUUUGCCGCCUGUUACAGUGGCAUGGUCUCUGGUCUGGCUGCCGGUGGUGGUGGAGGAGCUGGCACGAUGGGCGGGAACGUUGGGCCAAAUGUUUCACACUACAGUGAGCUUGAAAAACGUCGCUGGCAGUCACUCGGUGAGCUGUAUCUUCAGCAGCGAGAGCGUCUCUCGGCGUUUCAGUACGUGCGGCAGCAUCAGUAUGAGGAUUACUUGAAAUGCUUUCAACCGUUUCAGUUCGCGCGUGACAAAACCUGACCCAACAUUUUGCGGCCAGUGCCACGACUGGCCGCUGCUCCCCUUUGGCCAGCGGCACAUCCUAAUCCACUUUCUGUUACUGCAACAGCAACCCACGGCUCGGCAGUAGCAUCGUCACAUCCACCACCUUCUUCACAUCUGCCGAGUGCCGCCACCACCACCACCAACACUACUUCACCCAGCAUGGCUAUCCCGUCCUCCAUCCAACAGCCUCCAGCUGUAGCUAAUGAUCACACUCCACUAAACCAACCGAAUCCUGCCCUAGCGUCGGUGUUUGGGGCAAUGCAGCAACAAGUCCCAACCGGCACGCCCGGUACGGCCCAACAAUCCCAGCCACUGCCAACGUUUUCCCCCGCCCGUUCGAUUCUGCAACAUAUCCAGCAACAACCGACGGCAUUUAGAAGCGAAUGAACCCGUCGGCUUAUGGACACAGCUUCCGGUAACUUACAUUGCAAGAACCCCAAAAAACUGGAUGGGAUAAAUCGUUAUUAGCUAAUAAAUAGAGUCUGUUGUUGUAGUUUUAAUAUUUUUCCCAUCACAAAACAAAACCAGCCACUGUUUUCCUUUGAAAAAUGUCUCUAAUAAAUGAAACGGAUGCUCGAUCGGUUUCCGGUCGUAUCGAGAAUCAAACAGCAUGGCUAGCAUUCGAAGAAAGGUAACUAAAUAAAAUGGAACACUUAAAACAAACCGGACCAUGGGUCGUUUACUUUACUUUGAUUAUCUUCAUUCAUGUGACAUGUUUAAUCCAACAUCAACAUAUUCUUAACCCCUGUCAAAGACAACAGAAGAAACAACCACACACAAACACACACACCAACAACCGGACUCACCGGUCAAACAAUCGUAGUGGUUUGUCAUUCAAUUUCCGGUCAGCAAAAGGUAAACUGGGUUUCGAUUACCGAGAACCAACACCGAGAUGUUCGUUGUGCAGACCGAUAUCGAUUUAUGAUUGACAUUUUUGCUGCUACUGACCACACACGACCAGUUGCUUGUCUUUUCGUCGGGGAAUAAAAGACAAGUUCCAAGAAUACCAGGGACAGAUCGAAAGGAUCCACUGUUCACUGUUUAAUGAUUGGAUUUGAGCAUUUUAGCUGUUUGUUUUAUUCUGAUUGGUCCCGAUUCGGAUACGUCUAGGGGAGUUCCGUACGGCCGUUUUUUCUUGAUAGAAAACCCCACCGUGAGUAUGGGUGUCACAGAGAGAAAUCAAAUAUUUACCGUACAUUAGACGCCCUAGGGAGAAUGGUUUGUUACACGCUAGUGCACGAGGCAAAGUGUGUCGCAGGGCUAGCAGGAAACGGUAAGCAAUCGGGGAAAAUGUCUCCGAAAAAAGCAUUUCUACGGUUCGGUAAGUAACGUGGGAAGGAUUUUUCUUUCGUGUUCACCGUGCGGUCAUGAUAGCGGGGGGAAAUUGAAUCACGUACAAAUUGACUUUUAUAAUGCAUUUCCUAUUCAUUGUGCUACUCCGGCAUUGUAUAAGUGCUGGAAUGAUGUUGGCGAUAAUCAACGAUAAUGAAAUAACUUUGGAUGGGAAAAGAAACGAUACACGCGAAGAUUAUUUUUUCAUACUUCGAGUAUAGCACAUUCCUAUUAACUUAAGAAAUUUAAAUGAAACUUUUUAUGAACUGGUUAAUUACAUUUUUGCUUUCCUUGUAAUUAAUGUACC